UUUCGUGAAGUUUAUUAGUGCGCGCGGUGCUGCGUCGUGUAGCGCACAGCUGGUGUAUGCGCGGACAAGGUUUGCGCUUUGCGCGUUUCUAGCCGUGCGUUUGUUGAAAAGCAACUCGUUAGUUUACAAACCAGCGACGCGCGACGACGACGACGACGCUCGUGCCUCCCAAGAGAAUACACGAAAUACAGUAAAUCGUAAACUGCGGCCGUAAAACGUAGCAGAAUGUUUGAAAAUCGUGCAAAGUGCAUCAACACACUCGUAAAUUCAAAAGUUUCAGUUUAAAUUUGUGACAAAAUGUGACCGAACCGUUAUGCGUUGAAACUUGAAACACGUCGCGUUGUGCGUUUCUCUUUGAAUUGUUAAAUUAUGAUCCGAGCGGACGCGCGGACAAUGCGUCGUUGGACGUUAUUUAAUGCUGGUGUUCUUGCGACAGUGGAUAACGAGGAUAACGCACGACUUAAACCGCGUUAACUGGCUUCAAUUGGUGCAAAGUGCGCGAGACGCCGACGUAAGCAAAGGACACAUUAUAAAAACCCAGCAAGGAUUACAAAUUUAUCAAAAUCAGGCCUUUUUCUACAUCAAUCUACCUGCAUAAAUGAAUUUUGUGGCUUGUGACAGUUGCGCCAAGUGCCUGAAAUGGAGUGUUUUAGCGGAUUCUGGGUGCGUCGAUUGGAUCUGGAACGUGAAUUAUCUUGGCAGCACUUGGACCACCAUCCGCCAGUCACGUUCGACGCGCCGCGAGGGAUGAAGCAAGAUUUACUGCAGUACGCGCCGGACGACUAUCCGCACGCGCAUGCGGUGAUGGCUGAGCCACCCUCGCUGAGCACCAAGCGCAGUACGACUUCCACCACACUCCUACACCGCCCGCACCCGCGUAAACCCACAAUGUCCAUCUCCGGUGGUGGUGCACAGCUCGCCCAUCAGCGGCAACGUCGCACCGGUAUGUUACUCGGCCAGCCGACGAUCUUCAAGAGCGUCAAACAGCUGCGGCGUAACUAUCAGGACAUGGUGGAGCACACCACGCGCCAGCUCUACCGUGUCGACAUCGACGAAGAGUGCGAACCGACGAUGAAAGACAUCCAGUGUGAUAAGGAGACAUUUUUAAUGCCUCCACCAAGCGGGUAUUGUUCAUCAGGCACCACGAGUGAUGAAGAACGUGAGAAAACCAACUGGAGACGUUGCGGUAGCUCCGACUCAGCUGUGGGACAAACCGAUGAGGAUGAAGAACAGUGCGCGCCGUGUAUAAAUACUGGUACUGUUAAUAACAAUGACAAUAAUGUUGAAUUUUUGAACGCAGAGCGAAUUAAUCAUCAUGCAGUGCCGUCGCGGACGAUUAUCGAAGCGCAGUGCGUGCCGGUGCCGUUUCCAGUCAGUCUGGAUCGGAAGUUCAGCGACGCGUGCGCGAGCGUCUCAGACAAAGCGGACGCGGAGAGUCGACGCGAGAGCUGCUUCACCGACGAUGGGGAGCCGGCGUAUCGAUACUGGCGUACCCCGAGUGUAGUCGUCAGUGAUUAUUCGGACGAUGUCGUUGGAUUAACACUGGAUGACAUUGAGUUCUUUCGGAAUGAACGCAUGCAUCGGGAUUGCUCAUCGCCGGACUCUAGUUUGCAUAGUUCAUGUAGUAAUUUGAAUUAUUGUGGAUCUACUAUAAGUUGUUUAGAUGGAGAAUAUCAUGCUAGACCAUAUCGGAAAAAUUCAGAUUGUUCAUCGGUGUGUUCGACAUUCAGUGGGGAUGAGGACGUUUCCGACAAUGAGCCGCCUGCCAAAACCAAGCCCUCCGGUUGGCGCAAGUUGCGUAACAUCGUGCAGUGGACGCCGUUCUUCCAGACGUAUAAAAAGCAGCGAUAUCCGUGGGUGCAAUUGGCCGGACAUCAAGGCAAUUUCAAAGCCGGCCCGGAUCAGGGUACCAUUUUGAAGAAGCUCUGCGAGAAAGAGGAAAAAUGUUUUAAGCUUUUGAUGAAAGAUUUACUGAGACCAUACGUGCCUGAAUUUAAAGGACUCGUGACGAGCGACGACGGAGAAUGUUCCUACUUGCAAUUGCAGGACCUGCUUGGCGAUUUUCAGUCGCCAUGCGUUAUGGACUGCAAGAUUGGUGUGCGGACGUAUCUGGAGGAGGAAUUGGCGAAAGCAAAAGAAAAACCCAAGCUGAGAAAGGAUAUGUAUGAGAAAAUGUGCCAAAUUGAUGCAGAUGCUCCAACAGAAGAAGAACACCGAUUGAAAGGUGUUACAAAACCACGGUAUAUGGUAUGGCGCGAGACGAUAUCAUCCACGGAAACAUUAGGUUUUAGAAUUGAAGGUAUUCGCCGGGCUGAGGGCACAUCGAGCAAAGACUUCAAAACCACCAAAUCCAGAGAUGCGGUUCUCAGAGCGUUUAUGGAUUUUACAUCAGGAUUUCCACAUGCAGUGCCCAAGUAUAUCCAGCGAUUAAAGGCAAUCAAAGCCACCCUGGAAGCAUCGCCGUUUUUCUCCUCCCACGAAGUCAUUGGCAGUUCAUUGCUAUUCGUCCAUGACCGUUUCAACGCCAAUGUGUGGCUGAUUGACUUUGCGAAGACAGUGCGCCUGCCAGAGGACACACUCAUCGACCACAAGUCCAAGUGGAAGGUGGGCAACCAUGAGGAUGGUUAUCUGAUUGGCAUCGAUAAUAUAAUCGCGACUUUUGCGACGAUUGUCGAUCAGCAGCCGGUAUGUGUUACGCCGCCUCCCUUGAUGCUGCCUUCUGGUGACACCGAGUGUUGCGAGGCAUGCAACGAGGAGGAUGCGAAUGCAAACAUUACUUCCGACGCGAAUAAUUUUACCUACUGAUUAACGAAUACGUGACAUAAACUUUGUAUCCCAGUAAACUUGUACCUGCGAUUGCUUGUCAGGCACGCCCUUUUGUAAAUACGCCGAUAUUCUAUUAUUAUUUAUUUUCACAUUAAUUUAUAUGUACGUAAUGAGAUUCUCCUACAAUGUUAUACUUGCUAGCGAGUAGAUUUUGUUUUAUGUCUUACAGUAAGAUAUUGUUUCUCGUAACAAUAAUUUUUCGAUGAACGUAAAUUUAUGACGAAUAGUUUUUGUUAGAUUUAUAUCUGACUCGUGUAAACUAGUUUUUAUUUAAGGUAUAUUAUACAUAAAAAUAUUUUUAAAAGAUGGUAAA